CCUCGGGCCUUGUGCCGCUGCCCGAGAGGUGCCGCGUUGCUCCGCAGCUCUGCUGAACAGCACACGCGCCGCACACCAUGGCAACGCUCUCCAGUUCGUGGUCUUAUAGCCUUUAUAAUCUCCCUCUCUGUCCUGCAGGCUGUUGGAUGCCCGUCCCGCGACAGAUAAUGGCUUUACCCCUGCUCGUUGUCUGUACUAACGCUCUUGCUACUCAACAGGUGUCACCUGCCUUUACUGUCGCAUAAAUGGACUGAAUUAUACACAUCUGCUUAUACUGUGAAUAAUAAUUCUGAGGUCCAUGGCUUCUGUCGGAGUACUGAAGAACCAAGUUUUUCAAUCUCUUUAAUAAAAAGGUUGAAAUGUAUUGAAAUAAUAAAAAUAUAGCCUUGUGAAGACCCACCCUUGAGGGGAAGGAAGCACCUUCCCUGGGCCUGAACAAACCUCUAUACUGGAUACAAAGCACAUUAGUUCUGUCAAUAGUAAGCAUCCCUCCCUUUUUAUUUGAAGUUAUUUUGUAUGCUCCUAUUGAUGACACAAAUAGCACAGCAAAGAUCGGAAAUGGAAACAUUUUCUUCACUUUGUAUAAAAAAGAACCGGCCAUGUGGGAUUCCCUAACCCUAGAAAAUGCUGACAAGGAACAACUGCAAUAUCUAAGAGAGAAUGCUGUUCUAAAAGCCCAACAAAAGGCAAAAGAGGAGACAGAAGCAAAAAAAGCUACAAAAGAGGAACACAAAAAAUAUGCUUUGGAGGCCACAAUGAAGCUAGAAGAAGCAGAAAGAAAAAGAAUUGAAGAUCUGAAAGAAAAGGAACGGCAGAAGGUCACUGAAGAGUUGGAGUUAUGGAAAAACCAGCAAAAGGAUGCUGAUAAAUACAAAAGCAUACAAAAAGAAGGGGAAUUACAUCAAGAAAUAGGGCAAUUAAAAGGGAGGAAAAAUGAAAAAAUGACCAAAACUAGAAUUCCUAAUGAAGGAACUUCUAAGACCAGACCCAAACCCACAAAAGGUCAUGGUUCCUGUAGUAUAUUUUCACCAAAUGUAAAGGAAGAACAGCUACCAGCUCCUCGAUCUGCUGCUACAAUUAAAGUCAACUUUACCCCACGAGUUUUUCCUACAGCUCUGCGAGAAUCUCGCGUCGCGGAAGAGGAGGAGUGGUUACAUAAACAAGCAGAAGCUCGAAGAACAAUAAGUGCUGAUUUGUCUGAGCUGCAAGAUCUAAAAGAAGAGGAGAAGAAUCCAGAUUGGUUAAAGGACAAAGGAAACAAAAUGUUUGCAAUGGGAAACUAUCUGGCAGCUGUAAAUGCCUAUAACCUCGCACUGAGGCUGAACAACAAGCUUCCCCUGCUGUACCUGAAUCGUGCUGCUUGCCACCUUAAACUGAGGAAUUUACACAAAGCUAUUGAAGAUUCCUCUAAGGCACUAGAACUGUUGACACCACCUGUUCCUGAUAAUGAGGACGCUCGAAUGAAAGCCUAUGUGAGACGUGGAACAGCCUUUUGUCAGCUGGAAUUAUAUACUGAAGGUCUCCAGGAUUAUGAAGCAGCUCUCAAGAUUGAUCCUAAAAAUAAAAAUAUAGAAAAAGAUGCUGAGAAGAUUCGACACCUAAUUCAAGGAACAAUGCAAGGUUCUUAAUUAAAAAACCCAUAAAAAAAGAAACUUUGUCAGAGAUGCCUUUCGAGGACAUCAAAAAGAAUCUUAUUUCUUUUCAGUAUGUGUUAACUAGACACAUUUUGUUUCACUCAGAAAUACCUACAGAAUUGGUAAUGGAUUGGAUAUAUGAAUUACUUUUUUUGGAAAGUAUAUUAUAACAAACAUAAUUAGAUAUUUUAUCUCAUUUUGAUACAGAGUUGUCAUAUUUUUGCUUUUUGUUAGCAUUUGUGUUACCGUGAAAAUCUGUAACACUUGAUUUGAAGCUGUUCCAUUAUGUUAAGUGUUCUUUUCAACCUGUGACCAUAUCAACUACGCUUCUUUCAGUAGCAGUUUUAGCAGACUUAUGAAUUUUCCACAUCAGUCUGUUUCCUGUAUACCAUUUAUGACUGAUUUCUGUCUUUCUAAUAAAAUAUUUAUUAUGCAUAUAGAUAUAUAUAUAUAUUAUUCUGUACAAAUUCUAUAUUCUUGGAGCAGGGAGAAGGUUGCUUCCAGCUGCUUUAGUUAGAGCCUUGAGAGGAGUGCUGAGGUCAGUCAGAGGUGUCUGGCAUAGUUGCUGUCUUUCCUACAGAUACCUAUUGCAUUGCUGGAAGGGGCUGCAAAUACUCUUUUAUAGCAGCUGGAAGGAGGGCAGUGCAGGAGCUGUAGUGCCUCAGUUGAGUGGAAUGCUAUACUUGCCACAAUAUGGGUAUUUUAUAUAAUUACUGAUGGGAAGUAAGGGCUAAGGAGGAGACACAUUGGCAGUGGGAGAAAGAAAAUGCAAAGAAGCAAGUGCUGGCUGUAAGUUCACCAUUUUUUUCCCCCCUUAAAAGGGAAGCAAGUGUGCUUGGUGGCAUCAAUAAUAUCUGCCUGUUUUAUCUGAUCAUAUUGGGAGCAAAUGCAUGUUAAACCUUUAACUUCAAUACCUGAGCUGAUGGUGCGUUCACCAUAUCUGAGCCAUGUACGUUAUGUUGGUAUUUAAUGUCCUGAGAUGUAAGAAUGUGGAGGCUGAUUUUUAAAACCAGAAAAUACUUAAGUUAAAACAGGUAAACCUUCAGGUCAAUGUCUCUUGCACUUAACUCUUUCUAAAGUUAGAGUUCCACAUUUAUGAGACCAGUUACAAGAGUUUUGGGUUUAGGUCUGAUUUGGAGAACUGUAUCAUCAAAUGGGCUCCAUCCUUUUUGAUACAUCUUACUCAGCCUUUCAACUAACAGGACAAAGCAUUGCAAACUUGUUCAGUGUUUGUGGUCAGAACAAAUAUUGCUCAAGAUGUGUACUGAAAUACAUGCAUGGUGGAGAGUGAGGAACUUAACACUUUGACCUUAUUUAGUAAAGUGUGGACAGUGAUAAUUUGACUUAUGAUGACUAUGGAGGAUACUAAAAUUUGGAAUUGGCAUUCAUUUCUGUAUUUGUGAUAAUCUUGAGCAUAGAAGAUAAUGUGUCGGAAAUAAUUAGUAUAGGUAAUAAAGAUAGGAAUGAGAUUAAGAAUAUAGCGAAGCUUUGUGGAUGAUGUGUUUUAGUUUUUUCUAAUAUACAGAAAUAUGAAAACUAAAGAAACAUCCAAGUGACUGUACUUACUCAUGUUUACAUGCAUAAUUUUUUUUUAUUCUUCUCCUCUGUAGGGAGUGAGUUAACAGAUACUUCUUAGUCUGUUUAUAGAAAGUGCUCUAGUGCUGUAUUGAUGAGCAUGUGGUAAAAAUGCACUGAGUAAGGUACCUCCCUUAGUGUUGCUGAGCAAACCAUUGACAACCUGCUGUUCUUCAGAGGUGCCAUGAAAUCUUUUUUGUUUGUUUCUCAGUCAUGUAAGAUAUGAAGAAAACGUUUAAGUUGCUAGGUUAGAUAAACCUUGAGUAAGAAAUUCUGACUUUAUUACUGAAGCCUGUUGUUGUGUCCCAUUUAUGUUUUGAUCCAGUAUUAGAGCACUGUUGGGACCCGAAUCUCUGGGAUUUUGCAUCUGCUCGGUUUGUGCUGUGCCUGUUGAUGAAACAUGGUCUAGGUGUUUGAUGGGUGCAGAUAGCCUUAUCCCCAGUCUGAGUGGCUCUUGGGACAGGACAGGUUCUCCUGGAGCAGCAUGGCCUGUGCUUCUGGGAGACUUUCCAAAUUAGUUAAUUCCUAUCAUCAGUUUUUCCACCUGG